AUGCCGUGGAAGGGAUUGAGGUUCGGUGGUGCCAAUCAGAAAGGUAGCUCCCAAAAGCCACUGCCGCCCGCUUUAUGUAUUCCUCCUUCUCGACUGAGCGAACAAACCCCUCGUUCGCUGCAUUCCAGCGACCACACAACGCCGCGCGGCUCGGAUUCUUUGGGGCUGCCCAACCAAUUCCCAUCUGCGUCGUUUGAUGAUGGUGAACGCUACGCCAGAAGAGCACCAGACCGUGUCCUUCGCGCUCAAAAUGCCAAACGAAACAGGUUCAGUUUAUUGCGAUUUCGACAUGCAUCCGAUCCUCAGCUUUCCGCUUCUUAUCAAGACGCAGAACCUCCGCCCGUCCCCUCAAUUCCUUCAUCUGCAAAGACACCCAAAAUUAUCACCACUUCCCCAACCACCAGCGAACCUGAUCCACUCGGAAGACGCAGGAGCAUCUUCAAACUCUCUCACAAACCUCGCGUAGAGCAAUUAAAAUCGUCUGAUUCCACUCCAUUCGUCCAUGUGAGCGCACCGAAUACUCCUUUUCAAGGCGCCGUUACCGCGCCAUCAAGCGUCAGGGCAUCUCACAUCAGUUUUGAUGAACCUCAAGGGAGGCUGUCGACGACGUCGUUACGUAGUGGAGCCGCCAGAAAUCAUGAUGGGCUACAUCAUGGCUUAUUACCCGCAGCGAGGUUAUCAGAAUCAUCAAGGUCGGAGACAAGUUCUGGAGAACUAGGUGGUGUGUACAACACGACGUCCAAGACAGAUGCCUCUUCUAGCACGUCUUCAUUUUUUCGUAUCCCAAAGUUCAAGAAAAACCGAAAUCCUUUAUUUCCGAUUCCGAAAAUACCUCCUGGGCCAGACCAACGAUCUCGUGCUGUGCCUGACUUAGCCGUUGGCCAAGAUCGUGAGCUGCUGUCUCCUCUCCCUUCUCCAUCUCACUCCUCCCCAGGACGUGCUUCUCCAGCUUCCGGUUUCCCCGAUGGAACACUCAUUCGCAAAAACUCGACAUCUGCCCAUUCCUGCAAAUCUUCUUCUUCACUCAAGCACGUAACCCGACCAGGCCGUAGGGGAAGAUCAUCUACAAUCGGUUCCCUUCCUGAUAUUCAGGAUGAUAUCAACCACUCGUCUCUUGAUUAUAACCCGUCAAGUCGUACAUCUACUUUCACGGCUCCUCGAAAGAGUUUUAGCGAUCUGUUUAGCCCUUCUCAAAAGUCAAAGCAAAACAUAGAUGGGGAUAACUCAAGCAUUGUGCCUGGAACCCCCCAAUCUCUGACAUCCAAGCAGAAUUCUUUCUCUAUAGCACGAGAGGUUGCGAAUUCUCCGGCUAGAGAACCAGAUGAUACUCCAGCCACCUAUUUGACACGUCUUGAGGCCGUUGUUCACAGAGCUGCCAUCGCAACUGUUCUUUCACAGUCUGUGGAUGAGUUCUAUAAAACCACCUUGAGGAAGUAUAUGCGUGGGUUUUCCUUUUUUGGUGAUGCAAUGGAUAUGUCAAUUCGAAAGCUGCUCAUGGAAGCAGAAUUGCCAAAGGAAACACAGCAGAUUGAUCGCGUGCUUCAAAGUUUUGCAGAUCGAUAUCAUGAAUGCAAUCCCGGCAUUUUCGCGUCAACUGACCAAGCAUAUUUUAUUGCAUUUUCCUUGUUAAUUCUUCAUACUGAUGUUUUCAACAAAAAUAACAAGCGGAAAAUGCAAAAAUCUGAUUAUGUUCGGAAUACCAGGGAUGAGGGUCUUGCAGAGGAGAUUCUAGAAUGUUUCUAUGACAACAUCUCCUAUACCCCCUUUAUCCAUGUGGAAGAUGAAGUCAAUCUUGGCGUUCGAAGACUAGCGCCCAAAGCAAGAAGCCCAUUAUUCAAAGUUGGUAAUUCCGACCGCUCAGUAAAAUCAUCGAGAGAUCCCGUCGACCCUUAUGCUCUGAUACUUGAAGGCAAGCUCGGUGUUCUUCGACCCAAUCUUGGAGAUGUUAUGGAUUUGGAAGAUAUAUACAGCUCUUCAGACCCUAACUAUACUCCAGAUAUGAACCGCCUUCAUCAAGCGUUCUACAAACCUUGCGUGUUGCAAAUCGUAUCUGAAAGGUCGCGGCCAGAUGCCUUUCUAACACAAUCGUCCAUUGCUAACCCUGCUGAAGCCCAGCCAGGCCUCGUGGAUAUCAGGGUUGCCAAAGUUGGACUUUUGUGGAGAAAAGACACUAAGAAAAAGAAAACGAGAUCUCCGUGGCAAGAAUGGGGUGCUGUACUCACUGGCUCGCAACUGUAUUUUUUCAAAGACGUGCCUUGGGUAAAAACACUCAUUGCGCAAUAUGAAUUGAGACAGAAACGUGGCCGUCGCCAGCCGGUAACUUUCACACCUCCUAUCACUGAUUUCAAGCCGGAUGCUGUUAUGUCGACUGCAGAUGCAGUGGCCUUGAUUGAUCCAAGUUAUAAGAAGCACAAAAAUGCCUUCUUAUUUGUUCGUCAUGGGGGGCUUGAAGAAGUGUUUCUGGCCAAUAGUGAACCGGAGAUGAACGACUGGAUGGCAACUAUUAAUUAUGCUGCUACUUUUAGAACUGCCGGCGUUCGUAUGAGGGGUAUGAUUGGUGCUAAUUACGAAGGUCGGCCGCUUCAGAAACGCGCUCGUCCGAGUUCGAUGGCCUCAGACACAUCCGAAUCGCCAACGCUCUCCGAAGCCUCUGGGGUUAAUACAAGACGGAUGGACCCGCAACUAGCGGAGGAAGUAUUUGCAGCCCGGCGUGAAUUAGUCACAACGCGAAUACAUGAAGCCAAUGAAAAGCUAUCCGCGGCCCAAAAACAACUUGAGGACCUUUUGCGAAAUGCUAGGCAUCUUCAAGUCUUAACGCCCAUUCACCCACGCGCCAGAGAUCAAGUUGUUCUUGCUGCUGGACGGAUGGCCGCUAAAAUUAAAUGGGCCAGACUGGAUAUAUGGCGCACUAAAUGUCAUCGUGACGUACUAGCGUCCGACCUUGCUGAGGAAGAGAAGAAUAUAUCGGUGAAAAAGGUCCCGAAGAGUAGUUCUGCAGCUGGGGAUGAAUUAUCCCUGACUGUCAGUGGUGAUAGUCCGCGCAUCUCCGAUUCCGCUCCAAGUCUUGCCCCUACAUCCCCUAAAAGUAAUAGGUCUUCGAGACGCAUUCGCUCUCGUUCUCCGACACCCAUCGUGGAUGCUGAUCCACCAUCCGACUUACUCGAAAAUGUACCAAUCAUUUCUCGAAGACCGGAAAUUGUGAAAUCCUGUUCGUCUAACGAAAUAACGGUUCUACAACGUGAUCAAUCAGGUAGCAGGAACAGAGACGACCCGGCGUUCGACGCACUAAAAGUGCUCAGUGAUACUUCUCUACCACGCCAGUCAUCGGUAACCAGCUCCAUGCGCAGAUUAGACCUCACUAGUUCCACAAGACAGGUCUCGCUUCAAAGAACACCCACUCCUAGUGUUGCGGAUACCGAAGAGGAGCGUCUUCUUCGGGAGGCCGGGAUCUUAUCUAAUGAACUCCUAUCGCAUAUGUCUGCGGCAAAUGAAGCAGCGGAUUCAACCAGUAGCAAUAACGUUGAUGACCGUGCCGAAGUGUCAGCCGCUGAGGGUCGCGGCAAGGUACGGAGAAGCUUACACCGAACACUUCGCGAAGGCCAUUUCAUACCUCACCACCAACGAAGCAGAAAGGGCAGAGACUCGGGUACAACAAUAUCCCUUGCAGAUGAAGGGAAUUCCACUGCAGAGACAGAGACAUUGGCUCGUGGUUCUGGGAGGUUUACCCUCCAUGGGAAGAAGGCAUCGGUGGUUACCUUCGGCUCUGAAUGGGAGAAUAUGUCGCCGGAACAACGACUACAGCAACGCAAACCGCCUCACACUGAAGACCCCCGUGCUUCUGACAUAUUAUGUCUGGAUUCUCAGGCCGAGCUGCCAGGUGUCUCUGAAGUCAUGGGUGUCGAAAGUGCGUGCCCCACCAGACCGAUGACAUUGACCUUACCGCACGAUGGCACUAAGGCGGCUGCUGCUUCUGCUGUCAGCCAUUCAUCAGCCAAGCCAAGUCCGGUCAGCCUUGAGUGUCCGGCUAUGCAUACAGACCCUAGUACUACUACUACUACCGCCAAAGAAAAAACACCCGUCGACUCUGGCAACACGGUUGUAAUCGUACCUGCCACACCCGAGCAAGAAGUUGACGAAACUACACAUCCCUUUUCAGCGGAAAUUCUGUCCAGCCACGCAGAGUCUCAACCAGCUAGUCGUGGUUCUGCCUCUCCUUUGGCCCAUACCCCAAUAGAGCAAACCCUGAAGGCAUGA